AUGGCAUCUGUUAAGCAACUCGCUGUUCUGACGGCAGCCGCUGCCUGCCUGCCUUAUGCUUUGGCAGCAGCAAUUGCUCCUUCUCCUUCUGGUCUUUCCAACUCGCAAUCUUCUUUGACAUUGCUUUACCAAAACAAUCUCAACUUCACCGACGAUGUCAACCAUAUCAGUGCUAUCCUGCUGGACCCAUCGACUGUUGCCAAUGCAGCCGCUGGCUGUGCAGCCUUGAAUGAGACCCUCAUCUCACAAUCGGCUCUGCAAGCACACUCUCAGGACUUUGUCAACCAGCUCUCGUAUGCAUUCUAUGCUGGUCGCUCGACACAGGACCAAAAGUGGCACAUCGCGAGUGGACAAACAGUGGAAGUCCACAACAACAAGUUGCAGUUCGCCAAAGCCGGCCCGGGCAAUGUCCUGCCCGUGCUGUGCACCCAGUCCAGCCAGAGCAACACUCCGAGCAAUGCUGUUGCUUCUGCGUCCAACGAAAUCAAGGUUGCGUCCUCCGGAAACACCUAUGUAGGCUUCAGAAACAAGAAGUCCUUCCGUUUCCAGGGCAUACCCUUCGCAGACCCACCAGCUCGUUUCGCCUACUCGACCCUGUACUCCAAGACUGGUCAGACUAUUGAUGCAACCAAGUACGGACCUGACUGCGCGCAGCCGUAUGAGAGCUCCAGCAGUGAGAACUGCCUGUUCGUCAACAUCCAGACUCCUUACAUCCCCAAGGCUGGAUCCAAGAAGAACUUGAGACCCGUCCAUUUCUGGAUCUACGGUGGAGGUUUCACUGGUGGGUCCGGUGCUAGCGCUGGAAGUGAUGGUGGUCAGUUGGCAUCGAGAGAAGACAUUGUUGUUGUCGAGAUCAACUACCGCUUGACCACCCUUGGUUUCCUUGCGAUUCCUGGAACCAACAUCACCGGAAACUACGGUAUCUCCGAUCAGGUUACUGGUCUCGAUUGGGUCAUUAAGAACAUCGCCAGCUUCGGUGGAGACGCCUCUAAGAUCGUUAUUAAUGGUGAAUCGGCAGGCGCUGGCUCUGUGCGUACUCUUCUGGGCUCUCCCAAGGCUAUUGGAAAGUUCAGGGGUUCGAUUGCCAUGUCCAACUUGGGCGGCGGUGUCGACCUUGGCUUGACUGGCAACUAUGCAACAACCUACAGCUCUUUCUUGACCCCUGCCGAGUCGUACGCACGCUCUGAAGCUCUUUUCGGCGAGAUUGGUUGCAACCAGACCACUCUCGAUGCUCGUAUCUCGUGCUUGAGAGCUACUCCUGCACAGACUAUCGUCAAUGCUGCCACUGUUGCCAGAUAUGUGGUCCAAGACGGAACCUAUGUCAACACCGAGACUCUGGACGUGUACAACCACAACGGCAGCGCUGCCAAUGUCAACACUAUCUGGGGAACCACCGCCAACGAUGGUGCAUCUUUCUCGACCUACCCCAAGACUCCUGUGACCAGCGAACUCCAAGGUAUUGAGGUUGCUUUGGGCAUCACGCAGGCAGAGGCACAGUCCAUCAUCGACUCGGGUCUCUUCCCCUACUAUGACACUGGCAACGUGACUCUAGAUUCGUUCAAUGUUUCCCAGAGAGUAGCCACUGACAACCAGUUCCGUGUCGAGUCAGGCGCGUUCAAGACAUCGUACUUCUACCAGAUGCAGAGAACAAGCGGCGGAUAUGAUCCUAACAACCUCGGCGGACCUCCAGUCGAGCCGGGAUACCCUUACGGCAACCCCGAGAAGCCAUACUUCAAGCUUCACGGUUCUGACAUGCCCUGGGUUUUCGGAAACCUCCAACCUCUGCGUGAUGCCAACGACCUCAAGUCCGUGCAGUUGGAGAGUGGCUACUUUGCUUCUUUCGUCCGCACACUCGACCCCAACCCACCAGCCGCCUACCUCCAGGUCCGCGGCUAUACCAACACCACCCAGGGAGUCAAGCAGAGCGGACCCUGGUUGCCCGUUGCCAAUGAUCAGGGCCCGAUGAAGUUGCUCGAUUUCCCUUCGGUGACUUCCGACUUCCAGGACCUGCCUCAGUGCGCUUUCCUCAAGUACCCUAUCAGCUACUACAUCGAUGGUGGUCUGUGA